AUGCGUCGGUCUGCUAAAGCGUUUGAUGAUGCCACCCGUACCGGUGUACCACAUGAGCAAAUAUUCGGAGCAGAAAUCGACACCAUCGGCGAGGACCAGCUCGAUGAUAAAUUUGUUGCACUUCUCGCCUCAGACCAUACCGACGCCAUGGCAGAGGGUAUGCUAGAUGAAUACGCUGACGAUACCUUGGAAGGACCUCGAGUCACCACCUCCGACUUGCCUCGCGUGUGGAAGGCAACAGCUGUGUAUGAGCAGAUAGCCGAGGACCAUCCACGGCUUGUCCGAUUCGGCCAUCGGGAUCCAUUCUUCGGAAUUCCCAUUUCGAAAAUGCCGUCGACAACCCUGGAGGACUUUUGA